AUGUGUGUUUUUGCUCUCCGGGUGUUUUUGGGAAUCCUUCUCUGUGCACCAUACCAGUUCUUGGAGUGUCCGCUUGGCUGUGAGUGUUUUGCUGUCACUCGCACAGUAAAAAAUGUUUCUAAGGAUCUGCUCACAGUGCCACAAAGUGUUCGAGGAUAUGCCAAGACUGUCAUCAUCACAGGAAACAACAUAACCAAGAUUGGACCUGAUUCAUUUACUGAGAUGGAGAAUGUCACAAACAUCAUUUUAAGCAAUAAAAGGAUUACAGAGAUGGCGUCCCACAGCUUCUCCGCCCUCAUCAACCUUCGCUUCCUGGACCUCAGUGAGAACCAACUGGCCCUCAUUCACCCCACAGCUCUCAGCAUACCCGGCAGUCCCCUUCAAGAGCUCAACCUCAGCCGCUCGCUGCACAACCUCAACGCCCUGACAGACCUCGCCGCGGCUCUGCGUUGGGGUGGUUUAGAGGGGCUCCUCCGCCUCGACCUCUCUGGGAACCACCUCGCCCUGCUGCCCCCUGGGAUGUUCUCCCGCCUUCGCAACCUGCAGCAGCUCUUCCUCGCCAACAACUCUCUGGUGGCUUUCUACAGUGGAACCUUCUCUGGUAUGAGCCGUCUGGAGCUGCUAGACCUUACACAAAACAUCUUCAUUACAUUCGGGGCUGACACUCUACAAGAGCUCGAGAAGCUUGGGAACAUCAGAAUCCUUCUUGGUGACAACCCCUGCUCCUGUGAGAUCAGUCACUUUGUGGCCUGGCUGAAUGAAACGAGAGCUCAGGUAGACGUGGAUGCUGUAAGGUGCGCCUCACCGAGAGGGCUCGCCGUCCACGCCAUUGGAUGUGUUGAUCCAGUCCAAGCAGAGGUGGCCGUCCGCACCGUGCAGACAUCCUACGUCUUCCUUGGGCUGGCGCUGGGGUUUGUGGGCAUAGUAUUUCUCUUUGUGCUCUACCUGAAUCGCAGAGGUCUGAAGAGGUGGAUCAUUGGCACGAGAGAUGCAUGUCAGGAGGUUCUGGAGGGAUAUCACUACCGAUACGAGAUUGACUCGGACCCUCGGCUGGGGCACACCUCUGCAGAUAACGGUGGCAGCAGUGCACACCGGCAGCCAAGUGACACUUGUAUUGUCAAGCUUACUGCAGACACACAGGUCAAACAAAUUACAACCUCUCCACCUGGGAACCUAUGA